UGCCCGUAGAGCCGCAGAGCCGUAGCCAUGGCCGGUGUUCCGCGUCCCUGCCCGGCUGUGUUCGGGGUGCUCCUCGUUUUAGCUGUGACUGUGAACGGUCUCAGCCGGAGCGACCUGCUGGACUACGGAGUUCAGUUCGGUGACCAGCUUCUGGACUCCGGGACGGACGUAACUCAACAAAUCACCCUGGACCAGCUGGUGUUCUUCUUCGAUGAAAACUUCGACAAAGUUUACGUCAACACCAAUGGCUUUUUGUCUGUGGCUGAACCUCCGGCUGAGUCGGAGUAUUUGGGGAAAAUGCCUGCCAAAUUUGGCAUCAUUGCUCCUUUCCUUGGGGACUUGGACACCAGUGAUGGAAUAGGGAAAGUCUAUUUCAGGCAGGACAACAGUCCAGAUGUAUUGCAGAAGAUUACAGAAAAGAUCACCCAAGCUUUUCCACACGAGGGCGAGGUCGAGCCCACCCAUGCCCUUAUUGUGACCUGGGAGAACGUAAUAGCUCAUGGAGUUCCAGAAAGAGGAGAUGAUUUGAACAAAAAGAGAAGUACUUUCCAGCUUGUCCUGAUGUCCACGGAGCUGUCCACCUAUGCUAUCCUGCUCUACCCAAAAGAUGACCUGCAGUACUACUCCACUCUUGUAGAGGGUGAACGCAAGCCUGUUGAGGUUGGCUUCAGUAAAGGUUUGACUCAGGGCUGGUUCAGCUGGCGCAGUACUCAGGGCCCUUAUUACCGUGUUACCACUGACAACGAGGAUUCGGUCAGAGAACUAAUGCUACUUACGAAUUCAGGCAGGCGUGGUGUAUGGGUGUAUCACAUCGGCUCCUCUACCUUCCAGUCUGUAACACCUGGCCAGGUCACCACUGUAGCCCCAGAGGAUGGUGCGCCAGUCCAGAGUGUCACUGAGAUCCCAGAGCCCACAUACUCUGAACCGUACUUUGAGGAAUACGAGACUCCAGAUUACCCACCCUACGAAGCAGAAACGUUCUCUCCAGAAACACCCUCAAUAGAAAUAUUUACAUCAACAACAGCUUUGCCAGAGUCAGAAAUACUGUCACAUGUGGAGGCGGUGCCACAAAAUGCAGCUCAGCCAAGCUAUACCCAAGCUGGCUAUCCUCUGUCCCCCAGAUCACAACAGCCUGCCCAGAUUCAGCCAAACAACCCCCAGGUGGUUAUUGUGGAGGAAGAGGAGGAAGACCUAAAUGUUAAUGUGUUUUCCUAUUAUGAGACAUGCUCCACCAACAGACAUAAGUGCUCUAGUUUUGCGGAAUGCAGAGAUUACACCAGUGGAUACUGCUGCCAUUGUAAGCCUGGAUAUUACGGCAAUGGGAAGGACUGCGUUGCUGACGGAAAACCCCAGAGAAUAAAUGGGAAGGUUAAAGGCAGGAUCUUUGUCGGGAGUUCCCCCACUCCAGUGGAGUUCUCCAACAAUGAUCUGCACUCAUAUGUGGUUGCCAACGAUGGCCGAGCUUACGUAGCUAUCAGCACCAUUCCAGCCAGCGUGGGACCCUCACUACAGCCACUCUCCUCGAUCGGGGGAGUCAUCGGCUGGGCCUUUGCCCUGGAGCAGCCAGGAUAUGAGAAUGGCUUCAGCGUUGCUGGAGGCGUUUUCACACGGCAGACCGAAGUGACCUUCCAGCCAGGUGGUGAGAAGCUGACCAUCAGUCAGGAAUUCAAAGGGAUUGAUGAGCAUGAUCACGUGGUGGUCAGCACUCAUUUGGAGGGGAGCAUUCCGGAGGUGCCAGAGGGGGCCACGGUCCAGAUUGACCCCUACUAUGAGAUCUAUCAGUACUCUAGCAACUUGAUCACCUCCUCUUCCACACGGGAUUACACGGUGACCCUCCCUGAUGGUUCUACACAGACUCUGGUGUACCUGUGGAGGCAGAGCGUUAGUUUUCAGAGCUGCCCCCAUGCUGAGGGCUCGCGCUCAAUCCCACCCAGCCAGCAGCUCAGUGUGGAUCAGGUCUUCGUCAUGUACGACUCCGUCAACCAGCUCAUUCGCUACGCCAUGAGCAACAAGAUCGGCUCCGUCAAUGGAACCCCGCAGCAGAACCCAUGUUACACUGGGAGACAUGGUUGCGACACCAAUGCUGUCUGCCGCCCAGGCCAGGGAAACCAGUUCACCUGUGAGUGUGCUGCAGGAUUCAGGGGGGAUGGACGAACGUGCCACGAUAUUGAUGAAUGUAUAGAGACGCCUCAGAUCUGUGGAGCUCACGCCGUCUGCAACAAUCAGCCUGGAACCUUCCGCUGUGAGUGCAUAGAGGGCUUCCAGUUUGCCAGCGAUGGACAUACCUGUGUCCAAGUGGACCAUCCCAUCAAUCACUGCGAGAGGGGCUCUCAUGACUGUGACAUUCGGGAGCGUGCACAGUGCAGCUAUACUGGAGGAUCAUCUUACAUCUGCUCCUGUCUGCCAGGCUUCUCCGGAGACGGCAGGAGCUGCCAGGAUAUUGACGAAUGUCAGACUGACCGUUGCAAUAGAGACGCCGUCUGUUACAACACACAGGGCUCCUUUACCUGCCAGUGCCGCCCGGGUUUCCAUGGUGAUGGCUUCACUUGCACUCCUGAAUCAGAGCGUGAGAAGACGGCCUGUGAGAAGCACAGAGAGUCCAUGCUGGCUACUUCAUCAGGGGGAUACUUCUUCUUCCGCCCACGCCCUGCAGUCGGCCAAUAUGUGCCCAUCUGUGACAGCUACGGAGAGUAUGAGCCCACACAGUGCCACAGCAGCGCUGGUCAGUGCUGGUGUGUUGACCGCAAUGGCCAGGAGAUACCCGGGACCAGAACUGGACCAGGAAGCAGACCCAUGUGUUUGGAACAUAGUGUAUUUCCUACUGUGUUUGGCCCUACCACCAGGCCUGAUGCUAAUCUAGUUUCUCCAGGAACAAACCUCCUAUUUGCCCAGAGCGGCAAAAUUGACCACAUCCCAUUGGAUGGCACUAACAUGAAGAAAGAAGAGGCCAAGACUGUGAUACAUGUACCUGAUCAGGUGGUGAUUGCUGUUGCCUACGACUGUGUGGACAAGAUGGUAUAUUGGUCUGACAUCACCCAGCCUUCCAUCAGCAGGGCCAGCAUGCAGGGAGGUCAGCCUGCAGCCAUCAUCAUAAAAGAUUUGGGAAGUCCUGAAGGAAUUGCAAUUGACAGCCUGUCACGAAACUUGUACUGGACAGAUUCCAUUUUGGACCGCAUCGAGGUUUCCAGAUUAGACGGGCGCCACCGCCGCGUGCUCUUUGACAACGACCUCAUAAAUCCACGAGCCAUCGUUGCUGACCCUGCCAAUGGACGUCUGUACUGGGCAGACUGGAACAGAGAUGGCCCCAAGAUUGAGACAUCCAACAUGGACGGCACAGACAGAAUCGUGCUUGUGAAAGGUGACCUGGAGCUGCCCAAUGGAUUGACCUUUGACCAUCACUCCAGGCAGCUGUGCUGGGCAGAUGCAGGUACUCGCAAGGUGGAGUGUAUUGACCCGUACACUCGUCUGAGGAGAAAGAUCGUGGAUGGAGUGCAAUAUCCAUUCGCCAUCGUCUCCUAUGGAAGAAACCUGUACUACACCGACUGGAGAAGGGAAUCUGUGGUUGCUGUGGACCGGGUGGCAGAAAGAGAGGUGGACCAGUUCCUGCCUCAGAAGAGAUCACGCACCUACGGCAUCACCACGUCCUUCCCACAAUGCCGUGAAGCAGAAGUAAACUACUGCUCAAGUGAUAAUGGCGGCUGCUCCCACCUGUGCCUCCCACGGCCCGGGGGCUUCACCUGCCGCUGUCCUACCUUGAACAAUGGCUCCUGCGUUGAGAGGGACCAAAACUUCUGAGAGCAGCUUGAUGAGGCAGCCAUGGGUGUUCUGACCAGAAGAGGAAAAGGGAUGCCUGUGCCUUUAAGAUGACUCCACUUGAUUCACAUGGGGGAAACGCAGUAUGUAUGAUAAUUACCAAAAGGCUAAAUCAACCACUAAACCUCACCUUCAUCACUACAGCCCAGAUACUGCAGAUAGGAGCGCAAUGUGGAAAGUUAGUGGCAUUAAAGAAGUGGAUAUUGAUACAAAGUCCUGUGUAAACUGCAAAAGGGGAUCAGAAAUGAGUGAAAGGAGGGACCACUGAAGGUAUGGACUGCCGCAUGGGGGUCAGAAAGGAUGGAUGGUCAACACAGUGCUUAUCUACGCACAGACCGGGGUCCGUGAGCUGGUGCAAAUGGGGUCUAAGUGAAGACUAGUUACUGUAUUACCCAAAUUCUUGUGAAUCACUGUUAUAUUUUAGUGUGAGGUUUAUAUCAAUAUAUUAACUGAUUAUAUUGUAGCCAAUCAAUUGAUUUUAUUUUUAAACUUUCCCCACUUAACCCACUUUCCAAAAACAAUACAAUAUGUGAAGGCGGCCGUGUUUUAUGUUGUUCAUAUGGAGAAAAAUAGUCAUUCUUUGCAUGUUAAGAAGCGGCUGAAUUAGGGCUGUCAUGAUUAAUCGAUUAAACUUCAUUAUCUCACAUUUCAUGACAACUGGCAUAAACUGACAUAAACAAUUAUAAAGGCUUAUUCCAAGUCCUGUGUAAAUGGAUACCAGGAGCUCCUGGUAUUUUGCUUCAGGUUGACACCUAUUGUUUCUUCCUGACAUUAUCAUCACAUUUUAACAGCUGAUUUUGUAGCUUAUUGUAUAUCACAGUAAUAAAAUGCUGAUGGUCCGACAGCCGAGAUCUUAUAAAUGGUACAACGAAACUCUCUUAAGGGCUAUAUUACAAGCAUUAUGUCACUGUGACAUACACGUCAUAACUUCAGGAAAAACAAAACUGUCACCUGACAUGAGUGUUGUGUCGACACCAAAGUUGCAACUUUUUAGACAAAUGAUGCCUUUUGAAGUGCUUAUAAAUGUUUAUGUAGGUCUGUGUCAUUUGUCACAAAGGGCUUAUGUAUGUGUGGUGUAGCCUUAUUAGAGCAUCAUCAUACACGAUCAGAAAAAAAGGUACAACUUUCUAAACUGUCUCUGUAGUGAUACUGUCCAGGGUACAUCUUCAGUACCUUUAGUUAUGGGACAUGUUUUAUUGAAAUUAAAAAUGGACUCUCGACUUGGCUUUUUUAACAUUAGGUCAUGAAAAAGUAUAAAAAUGUGUCUUUUUCCUGGGAAAAAUGUGUUUUAAGUACACAGUUGGACCUCAAAACUGAUGUUGUACAUUUGAGGGAACAUUUACAUUGUUUGGAGCUUAAUGAACAAAAUAUACCUGCACCUUUUGCUCAACCUUUCUGAAUGAACUGGUGAUGAUUAGUUGGUGGUUUGUGUGAUGGUUUUGGAAAGUUGAAAUUCUCUGAAUGCUCUCUGUUACACUAUAAAAACAAAGGUUGACAGACACAACCCAUUAAAUGUCACAUCGGGCUGGUUUAGGCCUAAAUCUGGAACAAAUGGGAUUUUAAUAGUGGAACACUGUUGGCCUUGCUGAUCCUUGAUAAAUUUGUCCAAGAAACCAGCCUAUAGUGUUUGAAUAUUUAUUUCAAAGUCUACAUAGUUUAACCUAUUUCCUGUAAAGUGUAUUGGAAUCUUUGAAAAGCUUGAAAUGUUUUUUUUAAUGUAUUGAUCAAAAUAAUUGGCUGAUUAUUGGGGUGUAACAAUAUAUAAUUACGUUGUAAUGUUUGGUGGCAAACUGUCACAGCAGAAGGCCUUCAUUUUGGGCCAUAAAUUUCAAAACAAAAACGAGGAAAGUAACGCCUCUAUGAAAACUCUCGUUCUACUAGCGUUCCUAUCAGAUGACGGUAGUGUUUUAGUGACAAGUGCUUUACAUGAACAGUUUUUGGCCAUUUUACAUUAAACAAACAUUUGAAGCUUAUCAAAGAUGAUUUCAAGCUUGUAACAGAGAUAUUAAUGUGUAUUUUAUCUUGUAUGCAGCAGUUUUAUUUUGUAUAAAAUCAUCAUGGAGAAUGAGCGUUCUGUUAUUAGCACUAAAUGCAGUUGAACUGUCGGAGCACCAAAGAUCACAAUCAACAGUUCACGCAAGCGUGUGCGUUAGUAAGUAACAGAUCAUGGCGUAUCACAAAUAUCACGGCAAUGAAAUCGCGAAACCAAUAUCGAUGGAAUCAUUAUAGCCGUGUAUAUUAUCAGUAAUGACAGCCCUAAAAGUAAACAUCACCUUUUUUGCCUUAAAAUAGUUUUUAAAAGCCCUAAGAGCUGUUUAUGGUGUCAGUGGGUCAGAUGAAGUAUUCAUGGGGUGAACGUUAUGACAUUAAUUCACCUACAUAAAAUUGAUAUUUACAAUAAUUUUACAUGAUUGUGUUGGUAUUGUAAAUAAAUAACUGAAAUAUAGUCAUAUUUUAAAUACAAGUUUCAGGUAAAAAAUGUUUACAAGCGUUAAAGCUAAUCAGAGGAGAUGGUUCGGGGGUCUUGGCCGAGAUCCUGUCCAUCUGGACCGAGUUCCUCUGGAGGCUGUGUUGGGUCAAACCUCCCUGACCUCAUCCCCCAUACGGGACUCCAGCCUUUUACAUAUUCGCUAAGGUUACCAUGCAUGUACUGUGGAUGCAGCUGGAGGGAGGCGGCGAUACACUCAUACGAGAACACUUCCACUCUGUACAGCUGUCUAAUAAAAACACCUUUUUUAAGAG